CGUGUUGCAAAAACAGCUACUCCGGGCGUUGUCAAGGUCUUCCCAAACAGAAUGCUGCAACUCCAGACAACGCACUCGUGGGAUUUCAUUGGAACGCCGAACGUAACAGUUCCUUCCAAGAAUGAAUCCAAAACGCUGCCCGCAGCAGCUGAUGUUAUCGUUGGAGUUCUAGACACAGGUGUCUGGCCCGAAUCCAAGAGCUUUUCCGAUGCUGGGAUGAGCGAAGUACCAGCGCGAUGGAAAGGAACCUGUGACAACAAAGGCGUCACCAAUGCAUCAGUGAUCAUCAACUGCAACAAGAAGUUGAUUGGAGCUCGCAACUACUUGACCGAUGGCGAGUUCAAAAACGCGAGGGACGACGCCGGGCACGGAACACACACAACUUCCACCAUCGGCGGAGCUCUCGUUCCUCAAGUGAGUGAGUUUGGACUGGGAGCCGGAACAGCGAGAGGAGGAUUUCCAGGUGCCAGAGUCGCAAUGUACAGAGUUUGUUCCGAAGCAGGUUGUGCCACCGACGCCAUCCUUGCUGCAUUCGACGAUGCCAUCGAUGACGGCGUAGAUAUCUUAUCGUUGUCUCUCGGAGGAUUUCCUUUAGCUUAUGACGAGGACCCCAUUGCAAUCGGUUCGUUCCACGCCAUAGAAAGGAAAAUCUUGGUAUCAUGCGCGGGAGGAAACUCCGGGCCGGCUGCAUCCUCUGUGUCCAAUGGUGCACCUUGGAUUCUCACGGUCGCUGCGAGCACUAUAGACAGACAUUUUUCAGUAGACAUCGAACUCGGCAACGGUAAAACUCUACAGGUAAGAAAGAACUCUCUUUUGUCUUAUCUUUGUCUUGUGACGGUUCUGGAUCCGGCAAAAGUAAAAGGAAAGAUUAUUGUGUGCGAAUUUGAUCCUUUGGUGAUCCCGACAAUCAUACUCUUAAAAAGCCUCAACAACUGGGGAGCUGCUGGAGUGAUCCUCGGGAAUGAUGUGAUCGCGGAUAUAGUACGAUACUUCCCUCUGCCAGGAGCUUUCAUCAAGAAAGCAGCGUUGAAAGAUCUGCUUGCCUACACGAGUUCAAGGUAUGUAUACGUACCUCACACCUCGGUUUCUUUUGGUCACAGUUUUUGCUUUUGGCAGCCCGAUAUCACCGCACCGGGUGUAAAUAUUUUAGCAGCAUGGUCCGCUGCAGUACCAGUCUUUCUCGAAGAUUUAGACGCCACUAAGCCCGUGUUCUCCGACUUUAACAUCAUUUCUGGAACGUCCAUGGCAUGCCCUCACGCUACUGGAGCUGCGGCAUAUGUCAAGUCGAUCCAUCCUGACUGGAGUCCAGCGGCAAUCAAGUCAGCACUAAUGACCACAGCGAAAUCCGUUGACAACGAAAAGAAGCCUUUGAAAGACUUUGAUGGAAGCGACGCAACUCCAUUCGCGUUUGGAGCCGGCCAGAUAAGUCCUCUCGACGCGGCAAAUCCAGGACUCGUCUAUGACACCAGCGUGGAGGAGUAUCUCCUCCAUCUCUGCGCGAGUGGAUACAACGCCACGCAAAUCGCUGUGAUCUCUGGUCGCACCGUAAGGUGUCCCGAAUCGCCUGGAGCACCAAAGUUAAACUAUCCGUCAGUGACAAUCCCGGAGCUCAAGAACCAGACCAGCGUGGUAAGAACAGUGACCAAUGUAGGAGCUCCAAAAUCCGUGUACCGAGCAAUCGGAUCCCCGCCCCUCGGAAUCGAGCUGAUCGUAUCGCCUGGAACGCUGGCGUUCAAUGCCACCGGACAGAAGAUCGCCUACACCCUGACGUUCGUACCUCUUCAAAAUCUUUCCAAGAAAUGGGCAUUUGGAGAGCUCAUCUGGACGAGCAAUUCCAUCUCCGUGAGAAGCCCUCUUGCUGUGAAGGGCUGA